GGUGGUAGGCAGAGCUGACUGCUGGGGGCGCACGACCAGGGCGUGGGGGUGCGCGGCCCAUGGAGUCGGGGCUGCUGCGGCCUGCACCGGUGAGCGAAGUUAUCGUCCUCCAUUACAACUACACCGGCAAGCUCCGCGGGGCGCGCUACCAGCCUGGUGCCGGCCUGCGCGCUGACGCCGUGGUGAGCCUGGCGGUAUGCACAUUCAUCGUGCUGGAGAAUUUAGCCGUGCUGUUAGUGCUCUGGCGCCACCCGCGCUUCCACGCGCCCAUGUUCCUGCUCCUGGGCAGCCUGACGCUGUCGGAUCUACUGGCUGGCGCUGCCUACGCCGCCAACAUCCUGCUAUCUGGGCCGCUCACGCUGCGACUGUCGCCUGCGCUCUGGUUCGCCCGUGAAGGAGGAGUCUUCGUGGCGCUCUCCGCUUCGGUGCUAAGCCUCCUUGCCAUAGCGCUUGAACGUCGCCUUACCAUGGCGCGCAGGGGCCCGUCUCCCGCCGCUAGUCGGGGGCGCACGCUGGCGCUGGCGGCUGCUGCCUGGGGAGUGUCCCUGCUCCUCGGGCUGCUGCCGGCGCUCGGCUGGAAUUGCCUGGGUCAUCUGGAUACCUGCUCCACUGUCUUGCCGCUCUACGCCAAGGCCUACGUGCUCUUCUGUGUGCUGGCCUUCGUGGGUAUCCUGGCUGCCAUCUGCGCACUCUAUGCGCUCAUCUACUGCCAGGUGCGCGCCAACGCACGGCGCCUGCGGGAAUGGCCUGGGACUGGCAAGAGCACCUCGAUGAGGAAACGGCGCACGCCACGCUCGCUGGCACUGCUGCGCACGCUCAGCGUCGUACUCCUAGCUUUCGUGGCGUGUUGGGGACCCCUCUUCCUGCUGCUGUUGCUUGACGUGGCAUGCCCUGCACGCGCCUGUCCUGUGCUCCUGCAAGCCGACCCCUUCCUGGGCCUGGCCAUGGCCAACUCGCUCCUGAACCCCAUCAUCUACACGCUCACCAACAGCGACCUGCGCCACGCUCUCCUGCGCCUUGUCUGUUGUGGCCGCCACCCCUACGGCCAAGGCCCUCGUAGCUCCCAGCGAUCUGGGAGUUUGGUGGGGGCUUCCGGCAGCCUGCGCUGUUGCCUGCCACCGGGUCUCCAUGGCAGCUCCGAGCGCUCGUCGCCUCAGCGUGAGGAGCUGGACACCAGUGGCUCAACCGGCAGCCCAAGUGUACCCAAGACUGCUCAGACCCUGGUACCCCAAUCAGUCGCGGACUGA